AAGAAUUGUAAUUAUCUGGCAAACAUUGUAGUAAAACCUCGAUGUAGCCAAAGUAUGAUAACACAGCAGCGGUGUUAGAACAAAGUUUUUAUCCGUUUUUUCUUACAAAAACAUGGUAUACAGUGUAAAGUAGUUAUAUUAAAGUCAUAUAUGCAAACCUAAGUACAGCCUUUGAAUUAGCGAUGUUAUAAUAACAUCGCAUCAACAGUAAUAGGAUUUUUGGCAAGUAAUCCGAAGUGCAUUCCACACACACACACAGACACGCACACAAUUGGGAAUCGACUAAUUUAUGCGUCAGCCUCAGUCCCAUGGGGCGUCGUCGCCUAGCAACAGAGCAAAACAGCUCCGACUUUUACAUACUGAGCUAUAACUUCAUAGUUUUCUAAAGCUUUACAAAAGCAUAGCCGCAAUGUCGAAGCCAGCACUAAAGAAAAGAGACUCUUCGUUAAGCAGCCGCGAGGUUUCAUCUAAAGAACAGUCGCCUACUAAAGAGGUCUCCUCACUUGUCUCGGGUGUUUCUGGGAGUUUCUCAGGCGAGCUUUGGAGGAGCUGUGUCCCUAUCUGGCCCGAAUGGAACGAGACUGAAGUCAAUGCGGAGAAAUGGGAUGCGGCCAAAGGGGUGAAAGAUGGAAAGGCUAGGAAGAGCCCUCUCAGUCAAUUCUUUGAGGACCCAGACGGGAAGGUGAAGAUCCCAGCAUCUUUGAAUGUUCACACCUGGAAACGACCCUCGGAGCACAUUGUUAAGAAGGCUCCAGUUGUUGUUGAAAAUGAAUCAACGUUUGAUCUCAUUUCAGCCAAUGAGCAUUUGCUGUCCAGUGAACUCAUGCGCUGGAUCAUCAGUGAGAUCUACAUCGUGUGGCAAGUGUGCAACAGGCAGGCAUGUGAGAACAACCUCUUCUCUAAGGAUGCCACGCCCAGCCCUUGGAGACCAUGGGAACACAUCUACUCCCUGUGUAAAGCAGAAAAGGGCCACGUGCCUCUUUACAACGUCUUUGGGAAAUAUGUGGUCCGGCUCUACUGGAUGGGCUGCUGGAGGAAGAUCACUAUUGAUGAUUCGUUGCCAUUUGAUGAAAAAAACAACCUGCUGCUUCCGGUUACCACCAACCAGUCGGAGCUCUGGCCUAUGCUGCUGGCUAAGGCUAUUCUUAAGUUGGCCAGUACAGAAGUGGUGCAGAAUGCCAGCAGAGAGCUAGAAGACUUCAGCAUCGUCCGCUGUCUGACUGGCUGGAUCCCGGAGAUUCUCCUCCUUAAUCCCAGGUUGAAAUAUGUAGAAGAAACAUGGGAAUACCUGAAACACACCAUUCCGAAGUGUCAGCUGACCGAGGAGAGAUCUCCAUCAGUCCCCUCACGAAGCCAGUCGCCUUCCCCAAACAAAGGAAAACAAAAAGGCAGUGGACCUCCUCCUGCUCCUCAGAUAAUCGUGUGUGCCAGUUUCCAGCCAAUGAACCUGCAGGAGAAGAAGACUUCCAUGCUGGGCCAGAUGGCAGACACAUCACAGACACUGCGACAAUACGGACUAUGUCAGCUCCACAGCCACUCUGUACUGCUGACGUGUACAAGGGACUGCCCCCUGGUGGCCGUUUCGAAACCACCCCCUGUGCCUCAUUUGAAAAUCAUCCGGACCCCCAAGGAAACCGAUAUUACAGACGAACCCAGAAAGGUCCCAGUCGAGAGGCCUGAGCAGUACAUAGGGGUGGUCAGUCCAUUAAUCAAGCUUGGACCUCUUAAAAUUGAUUCAAAGGCGGUUUCAAAGCCAGUCGGCCAAAGACAGCACACGUGUACCUCUAAUCUUGCUUCGUUCUUGGAGUCAGAAGAGAAUAAUGGUCCUGACCCCGCUCAGCAUGACAUCACUCACAACAACGAAAUCUCGCUGGAUGCCAUGGAUACUGAGGUAACAGCAGAGGACAAGAGGAAGGAUGAAAGCGGUGCUAAUGAUGUUGCCGUGACAGACUCCUCCUUGUUUCCUGAGAAGAAAACCACACCAGUCCAUGGAAUGCAGUUUCAGGAGAAGGCCGUGCUUCAAGAAACGUGGAUCCACUUGCAAGACUUCACCAAGUGCUUCCAGACGUUGCUGGUUUUUCACAAGGAAAACAGCUACCGUUACCAGUUUCAGAAGUCACAGUUUAAGGCACAAGAUGAGAAGAGCUGUUACUUCUUGUCAGUAGAUAGCCUGCUGCCUACAGAGAUUCUCAUCUGUUUCUCAGCACUGAUGCGCUGGGGAGAUACCAGUCAUGAGCAAAAGGAUUGCGCACUCAGGCCAGGUCAUCUGGGUGUUGAACCUUUUUCCUGGAAGAGCGUCCAGGCUCAGUAUCCCCUGCUGACCGUCAACACCUCGUCUUGCAAAGCGGCGAUUCUUUCCCUGCCACCAGGGCGCCAUGUUCUUCGUAUCCACACGCGGGUGCAGUUCGGUGUCCACGUGCAGCUCUAUAGCAAGACAGCAUUCGUAUUUGGAGAAGAAGAUGCAGUGAUGCCACACCUAGAAAAGGAGAGUCUGAGGUUCUGUGAGCAGGCUCUGUUGAUUCUCAGAGCUCUAGGUGGAAUGGUCAGAUCCUUCUCAAACCCAGACAAACUCCCAUCAUCCACCAGGACACUGGAGGAGGUUGUCUGCCCUCCGUCACUCAGCAAAACUGCAAUCAGAGAACACUGGAGGGUCUUCAGUCAUGCGGUAUACCACAUGUUUUGCUGUGUGCUGGGAAGAAAACUGACAUCUGAGGAACUGUUUGCGGUGCAGACCCUGACUCGAGACCCUACACCUCACUCUAGAAACACAAAGGACACAACAGAUGGUGUUCCAGAGGGCUGGAGUGGUAGGCAGGCAACAGAACAAGAAAACCAGGCAGCAACAAUUUUACAGGCUGGCUGGAAGGGCUUCCUGGUGAGAGAAAUUCUCAGUGCUGCAAGACCAGGCUCUGAGAAGAAUCAGAAAGUUGCCAAGACUCUGUUGGAAAUGUGGGCUUCAGUGGAAUUGGACAUAGAGAAGCAUGCUGUGUCUUUAUUGAGGUUCAUGAUCAUGAACAACGAGCAGCUAGUGGACCUGUACCCAUGUGGUGGGGAUGAGUGGACUAAAAUUACCUUCACUGAUUACUCUGUCCCCGUCCAUGAGACAACCAGCUCCUGGGUCCUGCUCUUUAGGGAGGUGUUCCAUGUUCCAAAAGCCAUAUUACUUGUGCCUAAGAUGUACCCUUCGUUGAGGUGUCACCUUCAUGUCAUCAACAAUGACACUGGGGAGGAAGUACCUAAAUUCUUCAACAGUGUAUUUCCAUUUACAUACACACCAAAUAAGGCUGGCUACACAUUUGUGGCAUACACUGGAGAACCGGCUAUAGUAGGAGGAACAUGGCGAUUGCGUCUGAUCAGUUCCCGAGAGCAACUGGCCAAGUUGGCAAGAGAAGCGCCAGUCAGUAACUUCUCAGUGAAGGAGUUCAAAGAUUACUACUUACCUAACAAGAAGAACAUUAUCUGCAGGCACAGGGUGAGAGUCUCACGUGAUCACGUUGCUACGGUGCAAUUCCAGGCUUCAAAACAGGAUGUCCAUAUUAAACUCAGCGUCCUGGACCAUGAGAGAGAGGUGGCCAGCAAGACAGGCCAAGGACACGUUGUUAUCCCUUUGUACAGCUUUUCAGCUAGUGACGGUUCCUGCGGCAGUGCCUUGGAGAAGGCGGGGGUGAGUCAGUCUCAGGACGGCCCUGGCGGGGGUCACGAAGGAGGCAGAGGAGCCUCUGAGUGCCAGCCUGCCCAAACGCAUCAUAUAUACAUCCUUCAAGCAGAGGUGCUUUACAACAGCUGGCCUUUGGAUGACUCACUGUCAGGCUUCAUCCAAACCCUAAGAGAUAGAGAGAACAACGAGAUGAGAGUGUUCAAACAUCUGACAGAGGAGACACCUGCAAAUGUGGAACAACCCAGCAGAGAAGCGCAGAAACCAACCACACCCAAAGCUCCCAAGAGCAAAGAGAAGGAAAAAGAGAAGGAAAAAGUAAAGGAAAAAGAGAAAGAAAAAGAGAAAGACAAACAUACAUCCAAGAGUUUGGAUGAGAGUAAGCCCCACUGGAUGCUGCGUGUGGUCAGUGAACAGUCAGAGGUGGAAAAGAUUGAGGUGGAAAAGGACACUGAGAGACUAGAGCAAAUUAAGGCAAUAAAACUGGCCUGGGAAGCUGCAGAGCCUGGCAGAGCAGCUAAGGCUUUUCAAACCCGUCAGCAGUACCUGAACAAUCUGAGGACGCUCGGAGAAGACUACACCCUGGACCUCACACCUUUCAUCAGGAGGACCGGCAGGCCAGAGCGUCUAAAGGAUGCAGUGAUGGAGGAGGAACAGCAGAGGGAGCGGUUGGAGAAGAUCCAGAGCUUUCGGCUGUACCGAGAGACCGUGCUGGAUCGCCGUAGGCAGGAGCAUGAGCAGACCAAGCAGCUGAUAAGGGAACAACGAGAGCUGUUUAUAAGAAUUCAGGAGGAGAAAGCUGAGCUGCUCCGGAAGUUCGAUCAGACUCGAGCGAUUAUUCGAAGGUGGAGGAGCAGUCUCGAAAGAAAGGAGAAGAGUCUCCGAAAAUAGAAGGAGUUUCUACUUAUUGAACCUUUAAAGUGUAAAACACUGAUAAGAACACAAUACAUACAGUGCAUCCGGAAAGUAUUCACAGCACUUCACUUUUGUUAUGUUACAGCCUUAUUCCAAAAUGGAUUCAAUUCAUUAUUUUCCUCAAAAUUCUACAAACAAUACCCCAUAAUGACAAUGUGAAAGAAGUUUGUUUGAAAUCUUUGCAAAUUUAUUAAAAAUAAAAAACAAAAAAAGCACAUGUACAUAAGUAUUCACAGCCUUUGUUCAAUACUUUGUUGAAGCACCUUUGGCACUAAUUACAGCCUCAAGUCUUUUUGAGAAUGAUGCUACAAGCUUGGCACAGAUAUUUUUGGGCAGUUACUCCCAUUCUUCUUUGCAGGACCUCUUAAGCUCCAUCAGGUUGGAUGGGGAGUGUCGGUGCACAGCCAUUUUCAGAUCUCUCCAGAGAUGUUCAAUCGGGUUCAGGUCUGUGCUCUGGCUGAGCCACUCAAGGACAUUCACAGAGUUGUCCUGUAGCCACUCCUUUGUUAUCUUGGCUGUGUGCUUAGGGUCGUUGUCCUGUUGGAAGAUGAACCUUCGCCCCAGUCUGAGGUCCACAGCGUUCUGGAGCAGGUUAUCAUCAAGGAUGUCUCUGUACAUUGCUGCAUUCAUCUUUCCCUCAAUCCUGACUAGUCUCCCAGUACCUGCCGCUGAAAAACAUCCCCACAGCAUGAUGCUGCCACCACCAUGCUUCACUAUAGGGAUGGUAUUGGACAGGUGAUGAGUGGUGCCUGGUUUCCUCCAGACAUGACGCUUGCCAUUCAGGACAAAGAGUUCAAUCUUUCAUUUCUCAUGGUCUGGGAGUCCUUCAGGUGCCCUUUGGCAAACUCCAUGCGGGCUGUCAUGUGCCUUUUACUGAGGAGUGGCUUCCGUCUGGCCACUCUACCAUUCAGGCCUGAUUGAUGGAGUUCUGCAGAGAUAGUUCUUCUGGAAGGUUCUCCUCUCUCCACAGAGACAUGCUGGAGCUCUGUCAGAGUGACCUUUGGAUUUUUCGUCACCUCCCUGACUAAGGCCCGUCUCCCCGAUCGCUCAGUUUGGCUGAGCAGCCAGCUCUAGGAAGAGUUCUGGUGGUUCCAAACUUCUUCCAUUUACGGAUGAUGGAGGCCACUGUGCUCAUUGGGACCUUCAAUGCUGCAGAAAUGUUUCUGUACCCUUCCCCAUAUCUGUGCCUCGAUACAAUCCUGUCUCGGAGGUCUACAGACAAUUCCUUGCACUUCAUGGCUUGGUAUGUGCUCUGACAUGCAUUGUUAACUGUAGGACCUUAUAUAGACAGGUGUGUGCCAAAUCUUUCCAAAUCAUGUCCAAUCAACUGAAUUUACCACAGGUGGAUUCCAAUCAAGUUGUAGAAACAUCUCAAGGAUGAUCAGUGGAAACAGGAUGCACCUGAGCUCAAUUUUGAGUGUCAUGGCAAAGGCUGUGAAUACUUGUGUACAUGUUCUUUUUGUUUUUUACUUUUAAUAAAUUUGCAAAGAUUUCAAACGAACUUCUUUCACGUUGUCAUUAUGAGGUAUUGUUUGUAGAAUUUUGAGGAAAAUAAUGAAUUUAAUCCAUUUUGGAAUAAGGCUGUAACAUAACAAAAUGUGGAAAAAGUGAAGCGCUGUGAAAACUUUCCAGAUGCACAGUAUACAAAAAAAAAAAAAAAAAAAAACAAACUACAAGAAGAACUAAAACAUAUCUUGGAGAACUUCCUCACAUUAAUUUAUUUCUUUAGAUUACAUACAGAGCUGCUCAGAAACGUGUGAUCUACCACUGAGAUGGUCUUCUGUAGUGGGAGGUAGUUGUUCAUUUGAAUAGGAUUUAAUAUACGAGUUUUAUUUGUAACAGUCUGUGAUUAUAGAGUGUCUGCAGAUGAUGAGUCACCCUGCGCUUCGGAUAUUAUUAUGAUUCAGGGCUUAAUAUUAAAAAAAACAAAAACUUGA